CAGCGUCAGCGCUCUGGUGGCGGAAGGAGCCGUGGGAGGCCGCGUCCCGCCGGGCAGGGCUGUCAGAGGCGGGUUGACCCCCAACCGGCGGGACUGGGGUCCCCAUGCCCCCCGCCUCCUCUCCGCGGACAGAGUUCCCUCAGCGUCACCCCAUCGGCCCUCCCGCCUCGGGGCCGGCGCCGCUCAGCCCCGCAGCCCAGGCCGCAGCGCCCAGAGCAGAUAUGAACUUUGAGGACGUGGCCAUCGCCUUCUCCCAGGAGGAGUGGGGACUCCUUGAUGAGGCUCAGAGACUUCUGUACUGCGAGGUGAUGCUGGAAGUGUUUGCACUGGUCUCAUCUGUAGGUUGUUGGCAUAAAACGGAUGAGGAGGAGGUCUGUCCUGAGAAGACCGUAUCUGUACAAGGGGAGUCACAGGUCAGGGCUUGUGAGACAGCUCCAGCAUCUCAGAGGACCCAUCUGUGUUCGGGGUAUUAUAGAUAAAUCUGCUGAGAAUAUUUCCUUCAGUUCUCUAUAUAAAGGUACGUUUUGCUACUCAAACUGUUUCCAUGUAGGUGGAUGUUUUACAUUUAAAAUAUGCGGAACUGACCCAGAAGAGUCAUCCUCUUUGCCUUCCCACUAACUCACAGUAUGUAAAAAUUCCAGUUUUUCUGCUACCCUGCCAGCACAUGCAGUGGUUAACCUUUCCAAAUAGUAGCCCCAGGAAUGAAUCAAGGGUUAACUCACUUUGGUUUUAAUUCUAUUUAGCUAAGAAAUUUUUAUGGUGUUUUCUCGUGCAUUUAUUUACACUGUCUUUAUCUCUUUUAUUAAAAUGUCAGCUCAGAA